AUGCUUUCUAACUGGGACCAUUCAACCUCUUCUGAGUACCAAAAAACAAUGGAAGACAGUCGUCUGGGUCUGACCUGUUCUGACAGUAUUUUUAUCAACGGCCACGGAGCAGUCUACUGCCCAGGAGCCGAGAAGAUAUCCAGUGUAGAACUUCCUUAUCUGAUAACUUUGAUUGAUAAUAAUCCACUCCCAGACAAAGGCUCUCUCGGGCGACUUCCCCCAGCCUUUGAGGGCAAGAUUCCAGCUGGACUGAAUUCCGGCUGUACUCCUACUAUUGGCUCUCAUGUGACCAUUGAAGUUGAUCCUACUGCAGGUUACGUCGAGCCUCAGCUCGCUGAGAGUGUUAGCAGCUACAGCGGCGAUACUCUGUAA